AUGGACGGAGAAGCUGCGUCGACCGGACGUCCGUCGCUCUCCGAUCUAACCGGCGACAACCACUUUGCAAAGGUUGCAAAAGCCAACUGGCUCGCCGCAUCGACCUCCAAAAUCCUCCCAGAUGUGAUUGAGAAGGAGCUAUGGACUGCUCUGCAGACCGAAGGCUUCUCCUACUUCUCCCUCCUCCUUCUCGAACAGCUGCAGACCCUCGAGCGAUACCUUUGGCCGGGCUACAGCGACGACUGCUCGAACCAUCACGUGCUCUUGCUGGCUUUGCUGGUCAACACGAAGCGCCGCGAACACCUCCCCGUCUGGCCACUAUUCGCCGAGCGCCCGGAUGAGUUCGCUUCCUUCUUUAGGCGAGUCCUCUACCUCAGCAUCGACACCUCCCUCUCCGCGCCGCUGUCCACACACCUCCUCGCCUUCAUCGUCAACGCCUUCCAAAGCCUCGACAGUGCGCUGGUGCGCAAGGAAUGCGCGCCUUUGGUCUCAAUAGCGAUAUGGCACAACCUGCACAGCGAUGCUGCGCGCGAAAGGCAUGUGGUCAAGAGCAAGCAAUCGCAGAAAUCGUGGCGCGCAGCGGCCAAGAAGUUCGAGAAUGCGGACGCUGAAGGGCAGGCGAGGUUGACCUUUGAGAGGCACUGGCUGUACACGCUCUUGCUCGCUUUUCUCGACAAGCUGUACGCGGCUGAAGCGGAUGCGGCGAGCAAGCAGGAGAAUUUGAGAUACUGCGAGCGAUUCGUCGAGUUGCUGUGUGACUUGCAGUCUCAGGUGCCAACCAGGCGAUACGUCAAGGCUUUGCUUCAGGAUCUCAAUGUCCUCUCUGCCAUCCGAUUGAGCCCUUUCUUCGAUGACGUUCAAGGCGCGGCGUUGCUUCGUGACCAAUACCGGCUUCUGGAAUACUAUUCGAACUUCCCGGUAGAGGACCAGACGGGCAGGGAACUCAGCCUGCGAGAACACAAUGAAAUGAGCAAUGUUCGCGUCGCUCGCCUGCAAAAGGUAGCGAUGAGACUGCAUCCGGAGAAGCUCAAGAUCCUCGCUCUUGCCAACUUCGGCUCGCUGGCACAUCGGGACGAACUGCUUGGCCACCUCAAGCCUCUCAGUGAUGAGGAGUUGGUACAGAUCUGUCACGAACUGGGCAUUCGGACCCGAUACCCCGAGAAGUCGCUCGUGGUCCGAGAUCGCGCUUUCCUCCUUGAAAUGCUGGUCUCCCACGUUGAAAGAAAACCACUCUACACCGAUGAGGUCCAGCAUGGAUCUCCUAUAUUACCCACAGAACACACCCUCUACGAAGCGUCUCUGCUUCGCACAGAGGAGUACACUGGCUCACACCCUCUCGCUCUGCCGAAGCUCAAUCUACAGUACUUGACGCUUGGCGACUUCCUCUACCGCUCGUUUAUCCUCUACCGCACCGAAUCCUUCUUCGAGAUCCGCAAACAUGUUGAGGACACUGUCAAGCGUCUGCAGCCUCGCGCCCAGCAACAGAGUAGUGGGGCAACGACGGUCAGAUUCGAUGGCUUCUCUCGAAUGGCUAUUCCAAUCGCCAAGCCGGCAAUCAUCGAGACCGCUCCCGCGAGAGUCGGCGAGAAUGUCCCUGCCGAGGUCAAAGUGGAGGUCCUUUUGGAUGUGUCUCGCUUGCAGCCGGGCUUAAGGAGAGAAUGGGAAGGCUUGCGAGAGGGAGAUGUGGUCUUCCUGCUAGCUGUGCAAGACAGCGAGGACCGCUCAGGCCUGAAAUUGACAAAUGGACACAAGCACGCACAUCCAAAUACUAGUGCGUUGGGAAAGACGGGUGUCAAGACCUUGAGAUCCGCCGAAGUCAUUAAUAUGCUCGAUGAGAACAGCCGUGUAUUGCGACGCGAUCAAGAGGAGCGAGAGGAUGGGCACGGAUCUUCACGCCCAAGGCAAAGACGUCUGAUGCUCAGGCUAGACGCCGAGGCAUACAAGCACGACAAAGAGCGCGCAGAUGCGGGCAAAGGAGAUGUCUACGAUGGCAUCAACCUCAUCGUUCGCCGAAGAUCACGGGAAAACAACUUCAAACAUGUCUUGGGUUGUAUUCGACAAUUGAUCAUGGCGGACGUACCUCUCCCGCUGUGGCUCCAGGAUGUCUUCCUGGGCAUUGGGGAUCCGGCGUCGGCGAGCUACAAGCGACUGCCGAAUCGAUUGCAGAGCGUUGACUACCGUGACACUUUUCUCAACUGGCAACAUCUGAUCGAGUCCUUCCCGGGAAAGAACGUUGAGCCGGAUCCAUCUGCGGAGGGCAGCUUGACGCCGCCUUAUGUGCUUGCUUCAACUGAAGUCGAAGCUGCGCAGGCCCCCGCACCGAAACAAGGGAAGAAGAGGAGAAGGGAUCAGCCAGAUGGGCCCGAGCCCACCACCAUUACCACCGCGGAAGGACUGAAGGUUUCCACGUAUACGCCACUGAAUGCCGGGCCAUACCCAACCGACGCUCCUAAAACCAAUACCGUCCGUUUCACGUCCGCACAAGUCGAAGCCAUCACGUCCGGAACCCAGCCUGGCCUCACGGUCAUCGUCGGGCCACCCGGAACAGGCAAGACGGAUGUAGCUACGCAGAUCAUCAGCAACAUCUACCACAACUUCCCACAACAAAGGACACUACUCAUCGCCCACUCCAAUCAAGCGCUCAACCAGUUGUUCCAAAAGAUCGCGGCAUUGGACAUCGACGAGAAGCAUCUGCUCCGCCUGGGUCAUGGGGAAGAGGAAUUGACCACUGAAGGCUCGUUUAGUAAGGCUGGAAGAGUGGAGAGCUUCGUGGAACGCGGGGCGCUGUACUUGGCUGAAGUGCAAAGACUCGCGACUUCGAUCAGUGCCCCAGGAGCUCAUGGAAGUAGUUGCGAGACUGCCAGCUACUUUGACGAAGUCUACGUCCGUCCGCGAUGGAAGCGCUUCUGGGAUGAUGUGGCGUCUGGAAGUCGUGAGGAUGUUGUGGCCAAAUUCCCCUUUUAUAACUUCUUCUCCGAUGCACCGCAGCCUCUCUUUCCAGCUGAAGCGAGUCUGGAAGCAGUCAUCGAUAUUGCGAAGGGCUGCGAGAGGCACAUCCAACGCAUCUUCGAUGAGCUGGCGGACAUCCGACCUUUUGAGAUUUUGCGUUCGCAGCGAGACAAGUCGAAUUAUCUCCUCUCCAAAGAGGCCAAGAUCAUCGCCAUGACUUCCACCCACGCCGCGAUGCGCAGGCAGGAAAUCGCACGACUGGGGUUCCGCUACGACAACGUGGUUAUGGAAGAGGCGGCGCAGAUUACAGAGAUCGAAGCCGUCGCCCCCUUCGUCAUGCAGAAUCCACACGUCCCUGGCAACGGUCAACCGCCACAGAAUCCCUUACAAAGAGUCGUGCUCGUCGGCGACCACCUUCAAAACUCGCCCGUGGUGCAAAACGCCGCCCUUCGCGCGUACGCCGGCAUGGAACAGUCGCUCUUCCAACGCCUCAUCCGCCUCGGCGUCCCGCACAUCAACCUCGACGCCCAAGGCCGCUCGCGCCCGAGCCUCGCCGCGCUCUAUCAAUGGCGCUACCCACACCUCACCAACCUCCCCUUCACCUCCACAGCGCCCGAAUUCGCUCAAGCAAACGCAGGCCUGCGCCACGAGUUCCAAUUCAUCGACGUGCCCAGCUACAAAGGCCAAGGCGAAAGCGAGCCCACGCCGCACUUCCUCCAAAAUCUCGGCGAAGCAGAGUACAUCGUCGCCCUCUACCAGUACAUGCGCCUCCUAGGCUACCCCGCCGAGCGCAUCAGCAUCCUCGCCACGUACGCCGGGCAGAAAGCGCUGAUCCGCGACGUCCUCACGCACCGCUGUAAAGGGAAUCGCCUCUUCGGUAUGCCCGGCUGGCUGGGCACGGUGGACAAGUACCAGGGCGAGCAGAACGAUUACGUCCUCCUCAGUCUCGUGCGCACCAAGUCGCCUGGCUUCCUGCGCGAUUUGCGCCGCUUGACGGUUGCGCUUUCCCGUGCGAGACUGGGGUUGUAUGUGUUUGGGCGGGCGGAGGUGUUUGAGUCGAGUUUGGAGUUGCGCGAGGCUUUUGCGGGACUGCUGGAGCGAGAGAGGAAGUUGUCGUUGGUGACGGGCGAGAUGUUCCCUGCUUCUCGUGGAGUUGGGGACGUGGUGGAGGCGGUGGAGAUGGAGGGUUUGGAGCACUUGGGGCAGUAUGUGUUCGAGAUGACGCAGGCUAAGGUUAAGGCUUUGAAGGAGGGGGGUGAGGGGCUUCCGCCGCCUGCAAGGACGGAGGGAAGAGUUGAGGAUGAGGAGUUGGAAGAGGAGGCGGCGGCGGAUGAUGGGGGGAUUGUGGAAGAUGAGACGGCGGAUGAUGCUGAGGUUGUGUAG